CCGGCGGUGGCAGUGAUCGUGAUGAUGAUGGUGAUGUGCGCGAUGUCCAGCAGCCAAGUGUGGUGCGUACGUUCCUGUAAGGACUAAUGCUACCGAUGUCAUGGCGGCCGUUGGCAUAUGGUCCCAAGCCGGAACCGGCGGUCAAGAAACGCAGCUACCGCCGGAAAUACUGCACGACUAUAAUUGGCAGUCCUUGCCCAAGCUGAGCAGCGAGGAUGCGACGGGCGGCUGCGAAGCGGGGCUGUCCGGCGGCGGUGGGCUCGUGUCGCCUCCUGGCGGCGGCAACUUCGAGCCCAUCCCGCACGAACACGACCUCUGCGAGCGGGUGGUGAUCAACGUGAGCGGGCUGCGGUUCGAGACGCAGCUACGCACCCUGCACCAGUUCCCGGACACCUUGCUGGGAGACCCCGGGCGCAGGCUGCGGUACUUCGAUCCGCUGCGCAACGAGUACUUCUUCGACCGCAACAGGCCCAGCUUCGACGCCAUCCUCUACUACUACCAGAGCGGCGGCCGACUGCGGCGACCAGUGAAUGUUCCCCUGGACGUGUUCGCCGAGGAGAUCAAGUUCUACGAGCUGGGCGAGGGCACGUUCAACAAGUUCCGCGAGGACGAGGGCUUCAUCAAGGAGGAAGAGCGUCCCUUGCCUGGCCGCGACCUGCAGCGGCGCGUGUGGCUGCUCUUCGAGUACCCGGAGAGCUCGCAGGCUGCCCGUGUGGUGGCCAUCGUGUCCGUGGUCGUCAUCCUGCUCUCCAUCGUCAUCUUCUGCCUGGAAACGCUGCCCGAGUUCAAGCACUACCGCAUGUUCCCCGCCGGCAACAACAUGACGCGGGUGGUGGAGGACGAAGUGCCCAAGCUCACCGAGCCGUUCUUCCUGAUCGAGACGUGCUGCAUCGUGUGGUUCACCUUCGAACUGUUCGUGCGUUUUUGCGCCUGCCCCUGCAAGCUGGCGUUCUUCAAAGACGUGAUGAACAGCAUCGACCUCGUCGCCAUCAUCCCCUACUUCAUCACGCUGGGCACCGUGAUCGCGCGAGAGCGCGAAGGGCCCGGGUUCCUGCCGCCGGACAAGAGCUCGAACCAGGCCAUGAGCCUGGCCAUACUGAGGGUCAUCCGGCUGGUGCGCGUCUUCCGCAUAUUCAAGCUGUCGCGCCACUCCAAGGGCCUGCAGAUCCUCGGCCGCACGCUGCGCGCCUCCAUGCGCGAGCUGGGCCUGCUCAUAUUCUUCCUUUUCAUCGGAGUCAUCCUCUUCUCGUCGGCCGUCUACUACGCCGAGGCCGACUCAGACCGGUCAUACUUCAAGAGCAUCCCAGACGCGUUCUGGUGGGCCGUGGUGACAAUGACCACGGUCGGCUACGGCGACAUGCGCCCCGUGGGCGUCUGGGGCAAGAUCGUGGGCUCGCUGUGCGCCAUCGCCGGUGUGCUGACCAUCGCGCUGCCCGUGCCGGUGAUCGUGUCCAACUUCAACUACUUCUACCACCGGGAGACCGACCAGGAGGAGAUGCAGUCGCAGAGCUUCAAUCACGUCACCAGCUGCCCCUACCUGCCCGGCACCGUGGUCGCGGCCAAGCUGAAAGGGGACACCGACUCUCCGGACGAUUCAGACGUCCUCGAGCUGGACGACGCCACUUCGCUAGCACUGUUCUCCUCGCCUGCCGCCAACACUCAGGCAAACAGCACCAACAACCCCGCAGCCUCGCUCGAGACGGACGUCUGACAGCGGCAGCGGAAAAGCCGAGGGGCGUCCUGUCUACGGCACUCGCCGUGUAGGGCUCGAGUGAGCGGAUUCACCGCUAGAGGGAGCCACAGGAGUGCUCAGCCUGGUUUCGACAGCAAGCCAGGGGUCGCUUCGUCAAGGGGCGGUGCUUGGGUCCGCGGUAUAAGCCACGCAAGCCAGCCACGCCUCCUGUCGCACCACUGCCCCGCCAACGGCAGCACCCUGGCUACGCUUCCCAACGCCACCGAACGGCGUUUGCAGCGGCGCUGCUCCAAGACAGCUCAGGCCGAGAGGACGUGUUCACUAGUUGUUCGUCGCCGCCGCAAUUUCUCCUUUUCUUGGCGAAGCGAUGAUGAUGGAGCCGCCAGGCACCCGUGCGAGAAAUGCAAGAAGGGUCGGCAUUCAAAAUUUGGAGGAGCUGCUCGAGGGCUUUCGUCAGCAUUUCUUAGCCCGCAGAGCACUCCGAAAGGUGCCCUCAUAGUCAUUCUUGUCUCUCAUUCAUGGCGUCGUUUCUUGAUGCCCCGCCAAACCUCUCACACUCCACAAGUUCACCAAUGCAUCGUAGUCAAUUCGCAUUAUAUUCGCCGAUGCAUGUCUUUCUUUUUUCUCUCAAAUUAUUUUACACCGACACCUUCAAACCACCUUCUUCAUCGCACAGUCGAAUGAUGCAUGGUACGCUCAAAAGUCUCGUCACUGAAUUGCGUUGAAACACGUAAAGCUCUGCUGGCUAAAGAACGACCGACGGGAGUUCUCCCGGAAGUGGACAGUGGCGUUCGCUCGUUAAGUCGCCUGGCCUCUUCCGGAUCCGACGAGUUGUUUCUCUCUUCCGGAGUCGCCUUAGGUGUCACCGUCUUCGUCGAUCGAAGUACCGCUGGCCACCUCUCGUUCCCGGCGUCUCCCGCCGCGCCGCCUCCGCCGCCGACAACGUUUGCCGUCCAGGCCUCCGGCGGGACCCGAGGGAGGUGCCAGCGGGUCCUUCGUCAGCAUCGUCACCAACCGCCAUCGCCAGACUCGCGUUUCCUCGGUGGCACGGAAAAUCCUUUCUUGCGAUCACACACCGCGCAGUCUGCUGCGACCGUGUGUGAGACCUCAGAAGACGAGAGAACUGCUCCAAGCGACAGGGACGACUUUCAAUCGGACGGUGCGCCUGCUGACGGGGAUCGAGAGAACGCGUAGGUACUAGGACACGGUUUCGAGUACAAGCAAACGUGCGACCAGCGGAGGCACAACAGCGGCCCGGUCAUGCAUUCGUGCACCAAUGCAUGCUUUAAGAAGAGUGAACAUUGAAAUGUCACUACCAGCAAGCGUGUGGAAUUCCCAGCAAGGCCACAGAGAACCCGAUAGGAUGGGUUUGUCUGAUAACUAAGGCAACUGCUAUGUAGCGGAGGCCAAUGAAUCUUUAGCUCGAUUAAAGGAAAGUGUUGUUGCUUACGGUUGGAGUCAUCCUUGAAAAAUGCGAAUACGAUGAGCGGCGCCUCAGCAUUCAGGGAAUAAUUCCGUGCCACCAGGAAGCGCGAGCCGCGCUGUCGUCUUACCAACAACGAGGGCAGUGCCCGCGCCUCGCCACGUGGGCCCACCAAGUAAUAGAAAAAAGAACAUAGCAGCGCCGCGCGAGGCUUCCGCGCAUGCGCGGACGCCCGCAGUGUUUGUGCUCAGUGACGGUAUGUGUGCGUGCGGCGACGACAACACGGACAGAUGGACAAGAGAGAGACAGUGAUCUUCAAAUUCCACCUGUACAGUACUCUUCAAUUAUGCCACAUAUACAUAUAAUAUUAUAUAUACACACGCAAAUAUACAUGAUAUCACAACUCAGAGAAAAAUACGGCCCGUAGCGCCGAUACCUUUUCUUUGUUGCAGCCGACUGUUGAUCGUAAGUGGGUCUUACGAAAGACCAACACGUAUGCUGUUGUCUAUCCUUCAAUCUAGCUAUUUCUGGAUUAUUUUUUCCCGAAGCCUUGCUUUGUCCCAAGAGCAUUGUAUAACUGUUACUGGCCUCUUUCCCCCCGAAUACUAUUCGACUGAGAAAUGUACACUCACACUUGCCCGGUCUGAGAAGAGCCAACCUACAAGCUCUGCCGUCUGCCCAGCCGCACCACUCCGUCGAGCCUCGAUGAUUUUUUUGUUAUAUGGUUUUUAUACUGAAAAUUCGAAAGUUAUUUUUUUUCUUGCUGUAGCUUUUUCCGGAGGCAGUGAUGAGGCAUAGUACGGUAUCCGCUUAAUUUCCAGAAUGCAGAUGUAGUGCUUUAUUUUCCCAAAUUGUGGGCGUGGAUACAAUGCAAACUAAACAGCCGCUGCGCGGUAUAGCUGCGCGGUGUCGACAGACCUAUAACGCUGUGUAGCGUUAUACUCCUUGUCUGUCUCGAGCUCGACAAAACGUAAUUACAACUACAGAAUAUUUAGUAGCAAGGGACCAUGUCGAGACCGUGUAUAGAAGUAUAACACAAGCAAAAAUUCAGGUAAGUCCCACAGCCAAAGAGUAAAGUCAGUCUCGUCACUGCCAGAAGCAUAAUUUAACCGAAACUGACAGAGAAACGUUAUAUAUAAAGUUGCAUAAUGAACAACUCCGCAACGUUCUGCAAAUUGGUUAUACAACAGAAAGGGGCGUAAUGUGCCAUGAACGGUGUGUAUUAAUACUGUAUACCAUAAUAUUAAAAUGUACGUUACGAUUACACGACGCCAAACAACUUAUAAUUCCAGGCUGAUACCGCUUCUGCCGUCAUUUAACAUACAAUCUCUCACACUGCGACUGAAGAAAUCAGAAACUUCAGAAUAAUGAGCGCGUGAGUUUUCCCUGCAACCGUGAGAUCACCAAAACUUGACUCACGAGCAGCCGCCUUCCUUACACCUGACAUCAGACCAGAUAUUUAUCAGUUUUCAUUCCACCUGUGCCUACGUGCACUUACGUUCAUUUUAUUUCGUGAGAAAGCAAAGUAAACCUCGCCCUGAACACUUUCUAGUACUUUCAUUUGCAAAUUUCAAUUUCGAAAUUGUCAAUUUCUUUCGUCCUUAUCUGUUCAUCUUAACAACCGUAUUCAGGGCGCAUCCCCUACCGAGGCCUACAACUUCCCGCGAGCUCUUCUGCCGCGUGCAUCAGCGGAAUCUAUAGACGGCUUGGGCGGGCGACUCCAAAGUUUAUUGCGCUCAAAAGGUGUGCUUAGGGUGUGUUGUCUGUACAGGCUGCAGUGAACAGUUCCAAGUAUGUUACUAGAAUGAACGACGGAACACACGACAUACGGAGAAGCCCAAGCCGACAAUGCUUUGCACUGCACGUUUAGUAGGUAUAUAGAUGCACGAUAUGUGCAUGUCAAAACAGACGUAGUACAACACAACGUGGGCAAUAAACAAGAGAAAGAAAUCUAGCUUCGACGUUAAGGAAGAGUUCAUUCGGAAUGGCACGCUCAUGUGUCGGCUACAUGGCAGUGUUUCAAAACACUAGAUUGCUCAAUAAAUUCUCAAACGCUGAACCCUAACGAGGUGCGAAUGACUGUGCAGGCGACAGCAGCACAAAAAAUUCUAAGCUAUUUCCCCGAAAGGAAAAACAGACGGUACUUAAAACCGGAUGAGUACGGAGCGCAAGUGCGUGUGUUUUUCUUCAACAUGGAUGCUCGCAUUCGAACCCUUUCAGAGAUAGCCUCCUGCAAAGUGUCGGCCAUCAUUUCCCCAUCCCUCUUGCACACACACUUACACCACACGAUGUGUUGCUAUUGAGUGAAAGUUGCCAUGGUUGUGUGGCCUGUUUGUUCGUUUCACCCUGCUCCAGGUUGUUAUCCCCGUGUAGGUCAAGGCGAGUGAUAGAAACGAAGCGAACAUUUACGAUUGCAUUGAUACUCUACAUAUUAAGCCGUGCCCAGCCUGCGCGUAGGAUACGGAACGGCGACGCUUUGUAAGCAAGGUGCGUUAGAUGCGCACUCUCGUCCACUGUAGACCGCGAUUAUUUUUUCUAUCUGUUCCUAAGAGUUGCCCUCGAACAUUCGUCCUCUCGGAUGCUUUCUUUUCUUGCUCCGUCUUUAUCUACAGGAGCGUCGCGGUGCAUACGUAUACAGCAAAGCGGACGGCAAGUUAGCUAACCGCCAUUUUAGGUGGGCAUGUAGUCCUUCCAGGCAAAGCCCACGGCUCGCCAACGGUUGUGCGACUUCAUCUCUCUAAAGACUUGGGCGCGUUCUACGUGCUUCAAUUAGCAAGCGAUAUAUGUAUACCCACCAAGUGAGCUUCGUGGUCUGCUUAACCAUUUAAUCUUUCUCGAAAAACGUGAACGAUUGGAGACAGUGAUGGACAGUAUGACGAAGCGCCAAAAUUUUUUACGUCAUUUAAAAAAUAGCGCUGAGCUUCAUCCGUCAGGUUAGACUAUCUCAAGAGACUCGAGUGUGCUGAAAUUAUUUUUCAUAAUAUAUUAACCGUUAGCGCGUGUAGCCUCAUAAAAUGUUAAAAGCUUGCCUCAACCGUUCCCUCACAAACAGCAGCAGCGGGCAGAAUCUGUUACAACGCAUAUUUUCAGUCACCCGCUGCGGCCUUCUACAUGGCGUUUGCGAGGCUCUCUGUCAUUGGAAGUUUCACGCGAGCGACUGAAUUCAGUGAUCCCCUUGACACAAUCUCUAAAACGCCAACACCUAGCCGAGUCCUUGCCAUAUUCUAAACUGAACAAGUUACCUUCUAGAGCGGGCCCCUUCAUAGAUCGUCACUUACGCGAUCGUCCAAGGAAGGGCUAGUCGCCGUAGCAUGCCCCUUUCUCUCCAACUCGUCUUCAAAACAGUCAAUCUCCUCCUUGAUCAACCGCUCUCCAAACAUAGCUCGGCGCAGUAGUAGUUUUGAAACUCCAGGUAGAGUCGUCAGGCAGUAAUCUUUGACGAGAAGCUUACGGGAUUAAUGUAAAGAAUACUCAUUGUUCUGCCCUGCACCCCAGCGCAGGUAUAACAAGUGUAGUCACGUGCCCAGUAGGAGUUCUACAAAGCAUACAUAGAAGAGCCUUUCGUUGCCGUUGGUAUGCUAUGCCCGCACCAGAGGGCGUCCUCCGCUGUAGUAAACAGUCGAAUCGUCCUCUUCUGUGCCCGCUGAAGGGAUUUUCUUGUAAGAAUUGAACAAAAAUACUGAUGCAGUUUACGUUCAUCAGCCAAGCAAUCGUCCAGCAGACUUUGCGAGAUCGACGGAAUGCAACAAGGAAGGUGCCACGUGGCGGUAUUGCCAAAGAGUGAUUGUGCAAAUGAAGAGCAUUACAGAAAGACGGGUAGUUUCCACCGAACGCUUUUUUUGUCACGGGCUUAAUAUCGCGCUGUGCUGCAUCAGUACACGUUACCAUAUUUAAUAAAUAUAAUUCUGAAUGAAAUAGUGCGCUAUGCAUAGUUGUUUUUUUUUAUUAUAUUGUGAAACAAAACUGGUGCAACUGCAUUGUGCUGCAGUUUGAUGUAACAGCGAAUUUUCGAUGACGAGGAUUUGAUAUUCUUACUUUGGAGUACCACACAUCGCGCAUCCUUUGUGUGUGUUUAUUUCUCAUAAUAAUUCCUAACAACGAAGACCAGCGAUUACCUAGACUCUCAACAAUGAAAAGACACAGUCAUCUUUUAUCUUUUCAACCGUUAUUUGCAAGACAUAUUUCUUCAGUACACCUCAUGCUUGGCAAAAAUAUAAAUAAAUUUAAUCGGCCGAAGUAUAAUCUAAGUAAAUAAUGUCGCAAGCUCAUCAGCCUUCAGAACGUAAGAUAUGUUUCACUCAAAAGAGUACGUGCAAGCUAUUUCUCUUUCACGUUACUUAUUUAACUGCUCACCAGUAUUUCGCAGUGUUCGCAGAGGAGAGCCGAUAACGCUUCGCUGUCGGCUUAAGAACGUGAUUGUAGGCAAGCAAAAAUAGGUUGUGUUGCCAUUACGGGGCAAUUAUUCUUGUGUGCGCAUUGCGACACCCCUGCCGGUUACACCCCUGACCCCUCAUUAUCCCUAGUUUCCUGUUCCAGCCAGUUGUAAUCCCUAUAUCCCUUGUCAAAAGCCGUCUCGCGGCGCCAAUGCUGAACGCCUUAAGGCAGGGGCCACAAACUCACUUCAGCUAUCAUCACGAAACUUAGUCUACUUAUGUUUGAGCAAAAUGUCAGCUACCGUUGCCAUUUGAAGGAAUUAAGGCCUUUUUCACAGCUGCUAUAUGGGUCAGUUUUGAAGGGGAUUCAUCGUCAGGUUUCGAGAAACAUACCGAUAUUGAAUGACUGACAUCUGCACGCCGAUCUUGAAAUAUAGGGUGACCGGAUGGGAUGCCUCACGAAAAGGAUGCUUGAGACGAGUCACGUCUGUGUAGUUCAUGAACAUACUUACUACGGAAAUUUAAAAAAAACGGGGACGAAGACAGGCACGUGCGCGGCGGGCCGCUGACGAAAAGUCCGCGGGCCGCGUGUUUGAGACCCCUGCCUUAAGGAGUUUCUCGCAAUAAUUCAUUGUUCAGAAAAACGUCCUCUGGCUAGCAAGUGGUCCAAUGCUGGGUCUGAGCAAUAUCUUCUUUUCAGCGCAAACCGUGCUAAAAGAAUGUCGUAUAUGACGCACCGUAAGCCACUCUAUCAGGAGUACGAGACGCAAGCGGCUUCCUCCGUAGAUCCAGGAAGUCUCCACAAAGGAUAAUGCGGUUGUGACUGACCACCUUGCUCAGUACUGGUUGUGAUAAUCCCUAAAUCAAGGAUGCGCGCUUGAUGAGCACAGUCUAGGCGAUCCUUCAAUAUUGCUUUUAUGUGAUUUGGCGUAUGGUAAAACCUGCGCUGGUUCACUCGAAUUUGCAGCUUAAACGGCUGAGCCUCAUUAAUGCCCCUACAUCGUUUCUCGGCCAGGCAUGCGUCUGGUCUCAGAAAAACGUCGUUACUGUGAUGCAUGAAGCUUGUAUCGUGUACUACUACGCUACAAUUAGCCCACACAUCCGACGUGCAGCAAUAGGUGGCACAUGCUUUCAAUUGUGGUUGCGUGUGACCCCCAACAUGCCGCAGUAAGAAGGCGCGGCACAUUAAAAACGUGCUGCUGAACUACUUCAGUUACUGCCAAGACACUUGGCCGCACAUACUCGUGCGUGUUGCUAUGGCACCAUUGGUUUUCGUUCUGCUUGCUGCUUUUUAUGGACGUCUGUGUUCGCUUUGUCAUAAACGCCGUUACGCCAAGACUAAGCCAUUUUCGUCACUAAAAUAAUAACUCGCACAUGUCGUCGCUCUUGUUUUUACUAGUACCUUCAGCUUUUUAACUGAAAAAUAGCAACUAUUGGAGAUUGCUUUAUGUCUGCCCAAACAAUUCCUAAAGUUUUCGUCACUGUUGCAAAUUCACUGCUUGCCAACACCGGGUGCGCACAGCGCAAGACACACCCCAGAAGUGUUC